AUGACCUCCCACACUCUCGACCCACGCAUUAUCCAAUUGGCCCGAACCAUCAGCACAUCCGUUGCCAAGAUCGACGCCGCUCUAGCAGCAAAUGGUCUCCCUAGCCCGUCCUUUGACGAGGACGCGCCGGUAGACUAUCUCCCCCCCGAGAUCUUGGGCGCUCGAGACGCGGUACUAGAUGCCUCGGCCGAGUUACACGAUUUACUGCUUGAGCCGUUACACUUGAUCAAGAAGCACAGCGGGAGUAAUAACUCGGUAUGCCUCCAAGCCAUUUCUCGAUACGGCAUCGCAAACCUUGUCCCUCUAGGAGGCCAUAUCUCAUUUGCAGAGUUGGCCAAGCAGACAGGCCUGGAAGAUCAGAUGAUCACGCGCCUACUACGACAUGCCAUGACAAUGCGAAUAUUCCGCGAGCCCGAGCCUGGACAAGUUGCCCAUACGAAGGCGUCCAAGUUGAUCGCCAGCUCGCACAUGAAUGCUUGGCUCAGGAUCGGAACCCACGAGAUGUGGCCUGCGGCAACCAAGAUGCUGGAUGCCGUGGAGAAAUGGCCAGGAUCCCAGGAGCCAAACCAAACGGGAUUUUCCCUAUCGAAGAAUUCUACCCAAUCUAUCUACGACUUUGUCGGGAGCACCCCAGAACGAGGUUCUCAAUUCGCCGAGGCCAUGGCCAUCUGGGCUAGUCGUCCGGAUUAUGCGCCGUCGCACGCGGUCAACGGCUACGACUGGGCUGCCCUUUCCGGCUCGUUCGCCGCCUCCGACCCAAGUAGGCAGCGUAUCCGAGUGGUCGACGUCGGCGGCGCCCAGGGUCAUGUCGCCGUGGCCCUAGCACAGCGAUUCCCACAUCUUGAAGUCGUCGUCCAGGACAUGGACAAGGUGAUCGAGGGAGCCGAAGCGAGGUUGCCUCAAGACCUGAAGAAUGAAGGCCGGGUGCGCUUCAUGGCUCAUGAUUUAUUUGCGCCGCAGCCUAUCAGUGCCAGGGUUUUCUUCUUCCGUUGGAUUCUACACAACUGGGCGGACAAGUACUGCAUUGCCAUACUACGGGCGCAUAUCUCGGUUCUUGGACCGGGCGUGCGCAUCAUCGUUAUGGACACGAUUAUGCCGGAUCCUGACGCGGGAUCUGGAAGCGUGGGCGAGGUACCUCUGUGGAUUGAGAAGGACUUGAGAUCCGAAGAUCUGAACAUGGGUGCCAUUUUUAACGCACGAGAGCGCACGUUCAGCGAGUGGAAGGCCCUGUUCACCGAGGCUGACGCCCGGUUCAUCUUGAAGACCGUGAAUCGGCCAAAGGGCUCGACUUUGUCACUUAUGGAAAUAGAAUGGACAUCGUAG